AUGAAGUCCAAGAAGACUGGAAGUUUACAGCUGCCCACUUCGGUCACGAUGCCAACAUACCCUGGAGAUCGUAUUGGUGAGAGUCUGACAGAUUUUUCGGAAGCUGAAUGGAAAGAAGGACGGCAAGCCUAUCCAGCGGAUUUUUUAAAUCUGCUAAGAGACGAUGGCCAUGUUCACGUUUUUGCUCCACGAGAAAAGGCUGCGGAAUACUUAAUGAGUUUUGGAGAACGGCGAAGACGUAGACAUCGUCCGAAACGCGAUGUGAGGAUGUAUGGAGCAACUGCAGAAGGAUCCAGACCAAUUCUGUCUUUCGGUGAACUGGUCCAGGCUAUCACAGACUUGUUGAAUGAAGAUAAAGAACAAAACGAGGGUGUAAAGGUAUUACUUCGACAACAGGAAGGUGACCAUCGUUGUGAAAUCAGCGGAAGCAGAACGCAAUGCACGAAAUGUCGGCACCGCCUCUGGAAGAAAACAUUGAGGAGGACAUUUUCGAAUACAAGUCAGGUGGCAAUGCUUAUCUGUCAGUAUUCCCAGGCCCAAAUGUCCCUUUGGGACAGAGAUCAUCUUGGGAAAACUGAACGAUACGAUUAUCUUCCACAGCCAAAAUAA